CAAAUCUGGUACACUGCUGAACAAAACACAAUUCAUACAAAACAUCAAAAUAGUACUUCUUCCAUAAAUUUUUGGUUAUUGAAAGUAUCAUCAUGGAGAAUUCAUUACUUGCACAGCAUCUAUACAAUACGAGCUAUCAAGCCACUAAUAGUGACACCGAGAUAGAAAGUUUAUAUGACGGAUUGUAUGGAGCAGAAAGUGAGCUCACGAGCUCAUCAUCAUCUUUUUACGAUGCAGCAUCAUCGAAGGAAUCCCUCAUACCAUUAUCUGAAAAUCAUUCUCCAACUUCAUCAAGCCCCUACCCGAGUCUCCAUUGUCCAGCGAGAUUAGACUGGCAUGAUAUAGACCAACCUCUGAGUAAGAAUUUUGCCAACGAUUUGUGGCUCAAAACACGACGUCCAAUUGCCGCCAGUGACUCGGACGAAGACACAGAAUCAUUCAAGAAGCAAAAGGAUACACACCGGGACACAUCUUCAAAGCUCGAAGCAGAUUACAAUAAAAUCUUCGAAUACUUGACUCCAACAAGCUCCCCAAAGCCACUCGACACUCUAGAGCAGUCUUCACCAACAACAACAGCAAUAUCCUGCACAGAAAUAUCCCCUUCAGGAACAAUCGAGAACUUAACUGUCACCCCAACCAUGUCUCCCCUCAAUCUUUACCGUGGAAUCGUUACUCAAACUCAAAGCCAAGCGCAAUAUGCCUAUAUCGUGCUACACGACGCCAUCCCCGUUGCAGCAGAAUCCCUCGCAAUAACCACCGUCACAGGUGUUUACAUAACGCUCGAAGAAGCGAACAGCUUCGUAGAACGCGUUGCAGAGGAAACUUGUAGGGACGUACCAGAGGAACACUUGACAUUACUCAUAGAUGAUGGGGCGUAUGGCUUUGAUAUCUUGGAUAUGGAGAGACAUGUUCUGCAUAGGGUUUAUAUUGAGAAGCAAGCCAUUAGGGGGGAUUGGAGUGAGCCGACGGAGAUUGAGGAAAUGGGUGUUUUGAGAGGUCAAGAAGGGGAGGCGGAAAUUUUUGAUGGAUUGGCAAAUUUGUCUUUAUGAGAAGUUGGUUCAGGAGCUCAUGCUCGAGGUUUAGUAAUAAUAUGGGGAUUGGAAUUAGGUUUGACGUGGUGUGGAU